CACGCCUUCAUCAACGUGCGCGCUGACACACAACCCCCACCCCCACUGUCUCCCUCGGUGGACGUGUGAUUUUCUCCGAGCGCGCUCUCACGGGCCCCUCCUGUUUAUUCCCUGGUCAGAUCCGAGAAGAGCUUAACAGAAAGGGGAAGGAGGACGGAACAUAUUCUACGGAGAUUGUAGACAACGAAUUGCGUGCAGCUAGAAAUCGAGAGACAAACAAGGGAAACAAAAUCGGCUUCCAAAAUGAAUCCAUCUUGCGCCAGAUGUAAAAAGAUUGUCUACCCGACUGAAAAAGUCAACUGCCUGGACAAGUUCUGGCAUAAAGCAUGUUUCCAGUGUGAAGUCUGCAAAAUGACUUUAAACAUGAAGAACUACAAAGGUUAUGAUAAGAAACCUUACUGCAAUGCGCAUUACCCAAAGUCGUCAUUCACUGCUGUGGCAGAUACCCCAGAAAACCUACGCCUGAAAAAGCAAAGCAAGUUGCAGAGUCAAGUGCAAUACAAAGAAGAUUUUGAGAAGAACAAAGGGAAAGGAUUUAGCGCUGUGGCGAACACUCCUGAACUGGAGCGAAUCAAGAAGAAUCAAGAACUGGUCAGCAAUAUUAAAUACCAUGAAGAAUUUGAGAAAAGCAAAGGAACCAGUGCAGCAGCUGGUGAGCGAAGGCCCUCAAAUGAUAUUCCUCAGUACAACGUUCAGCACGAGGUGCAUCAAGGCUACCAGCAACUUCAGGAGCCCCAGACUCAAGACUACACUCCACCCGCUGCACCUGUUGCCCAACCUCCCUCAACUGGGAAGCGUUACAGAGCUGUGUAUGAUUAUGCAGCAGCAGACGAUGAUGAGAUCUCCUUCCUAGAUGGCGACUUAAUCAUUGAUGUACAACAGAUUGAUGAAGGAUGGAUGUACGGUACCGUGGAGAGAACGGGUGACACUGGCAUGCUCCCAGCUAACUACGUCGAAGCCGUGUAAUGGAGCCCAGAUCAAACGCCUGCUUCUGCUUUGAUUAUAUAUAUUAUAAAUAAAAUAAAUUACCAUAUGGAUCCCAACAGUAAUUUGACAAAAAUAUUAGGUAAAGCAAAUGUAUGAAAUUGUGGUUCCGAUUAUACAACAAAUUUCUCAGUUUCUCUGAUCUUAGUAUUACUGGAAUACAGUCAAAAUUUUCUUUGGCUUGUUUAUCUUGAAGGAAAUCUAGCCUUUUGCAAGUUUUUCACUGCUCUGCAUUAUCCAACUCUCCAUUUUUUUAAACAGAUAAUCCUUCUUCUUUGUAGAUCUUUACUUUGAAAUUCUCGACUGGAUUAUUGUACUUGAUUAGUCUGGACAAUCUCAGAUUGCACCUCUUUUGGUCAUAUUAUUUUAGUUUCUCUAGUGCAUUGCUCUUUAUUUGCAAAUUGCUUAAAUAAUUCAAGUUGUGCAGGACCAAAAUACAGGAUAGUUCUCUUGGCAGGAGGAAGAUUGUGAAUACAGUUUGUCAAAAGACUUCUGUUCUUCAGCUCUAAAGGGCCAGAGAGAGAGGGAAAGACUUGCACAGUGACAGAUGGAACCCCAUUCCCCCAACCCCACCCCACCCCGACCUAUGUGUGUACACACGCACGUAUGCACAGUUGAGACAUACGCAUUGUGGGUGUACACACUUACAGUCUCAUUCUCCCUACACUUCCUCUCUCCAACCCUCACACUCUCUCUCGCACUCUCACAGUGAGGCACACAGGUGAACAGUAAGACUGGAUUUUUAAAAAUAUUCUAAAUGUUACCUUUCACCCAAUAGCCUACAGAGAAUGCACGGACAUUGACUAUGGCUAAGUAUCACCAUAAAUAGUUCAGUUAAUGGUGUACACAAUUCUCAUAAAACCAGGAAUCUCGACGUGUUCUCUUCUAUAGAUAGCAGACUCUUUUGGCUGUUGUAAUUUUCAGGGGAGUGAAACAAGCAGCUGAAACAAAUGGUCUUUGUGACCAUCGUCUUUCUCAAAAAUAGAAGUGAUGUAACAGGCUGGGUAACUGACAUGACAAGAUAAAUACCCAUUAGAAUUGCAGAAGUAGAUGAAAUUCUACCUCCUGCCAUUCUUGCCACAUUCCUAACCCACCUAUACCAUUGUUACAUACUGAGGUUGUGACACAAUUGACUGUACAAGAUGAAUUUUAGAAUGGGGGUGUGGAGGGAGGAGUAAAGUGAGCUGAGAAUUUAUUUAAAUUUGCAAGUUUGGUAAGUGAGAGCAAAAUUCCUUUUUUACAGAAAAUAAACAGGUUUUACACAAACCUGAGCAGCAGGAGGAUUAUUUUUCCCUGACAAUGUGUUUGCAAGACUCAUGAUCUAACUGCUGCUCUGUCUAGAUCCAUUCAUUUCAAAACUGUGACGUCUGUAAACUUGACCUAACUUGGAAUAUUUUUAUCCCAUUUUGGAGCAGUUUAUACCAUUGAAAUAAAAAAAACUCUCAAUAAAACCUUGAGGUGGCAACAAUAUUAUACAACUUGAGGAGCAAUGUAAAAAAGAAUGGUUACUUUUACUGGAAUUAAUACAUAUUCCUUUUCAGAGUCAUUAUUGUGUUACAUGGCAAUACAUGAGGCUUUCAUGAGACUGAGUCCAGUUUAAACCAGUCUGACACAGAAAGACUUGAUUGAACAAUGUUUUGCAAUUCCUGUCAAGUUGUGGCGACAAUGGGGAGCUGUCUCCAAGCAACUCCCUCUAUCGUCUGUGUAAUGAAUAUCCAGCGGUUACUAGUCUGGGAUCUCUUUAUGCACGAUUUCCAAAUCUCAUUGAGAGACAUGAAGAGAGCAGUAGCCAGCUGACUGUGCCCAUGUAAAUGCCUUUAUAGGUUAUAUGAAUUUAUAUGUUUAGUUAUCAGCAAUGCACCAGGCACCCUCUACGGUACUGCAAUAUGUUUCUUAAGUGUCAUGUCAUUAAUUUGUGAGUUGGCUGUUUUGACUGCAGUUGUGCCAAUUAAUUGAUCGAUUCCUACUGUUGGUAGUAAACAUAAUGUUGAUGGAUUAAUUAAAGCCCUUGGGGCAGACUGUACUAUAUCACCUAAAGCUCUAACAACUCUCUGCUAUUUUGUUUGUUAGGAAACUACCUGACGUACUUUCAAAACCAUUGUAAAUCCUCUGACUGCUUUAAGAUGGGAAAAUAGUGUAUUGUGACUGGUUAUAGUAAAAUAUAAAUGAUACGGUUAUGCUUUACUGAAAAGAAUAUUGCAUUGUCUGCCUUCAAUCUGGUCUGUGCAGCACUUAAACAGACUUGGUAGAGAUGGGGUUCUCACAUUCUCCUCUGUAAAAGCAGCAAAAAGCAAACAUUGGAAACCUGGCCUGGCCUAGGCUUGAAACAACUGGUUAACUGGUAAAGCUCAGGCACCAAAACUAGUGGACCACAGAAGAAAUGUACAUUAGCACAUGUGUAGACAUUGUGUGCCAACAUUAAUGACUCUCUUAACAUUCCAUGGUAUCAGUACAUUAACUGCUUAGUCUUAACAUGCUAUUUAAUUUGAAACUUGCAGUUGUUACCGCUAAUUGGUUUAAAAAAAUUGUUUGUUUACACAUGCUUAUCAAGUUCCGCUUAGUGCUUUUGCUAAAGAUGUUAUUGAGUUACUCAUCCUGCAAAAAGACAGCGUCUGGAAUGACCUUUUGCUUUCUGAGUGGCAUUUUUUUAAAGACGAGGCUAAAUAUAAAAGGGAACAACCAUAUUUUGAGUUGCGUUUCACUUGAUGCGUGUUGGUUUGUUACAAAGACUGGUCAGGGUGGAUAAGAGAGAGAAUAUUCUCUUGUGAUCUUUCCCAGCAGUAGCACCUCCUCCCUCCACAGAACAGCUUACAAGAAAUGGGGUUUGUUCAGCAUGAAGGAACACCCUCUAUCCGUCUUAAAUUGCCUGGACUGCAAAAUUGCUGUUGAAUUGAGGCAUUCUGCAUCACUGACCAAGUUCAGCAUAUUGAAAAGGUGUUGUGGCUAGAUUCUGUUUGGCUUGGAAAUUGAGGUGCGGAUGGGGGAGGGUGGGGUGUGGAAUAAAAAGUGGUAUUACAGAUGUAUGUAUGUAAUUUCAUAAAAUACUGGAUAUCUGCAAUUCAGGUUAAGCAUGUCUUUGCAUUUCUGAAUUCUUCAUUACCACGCUUGCAAUUUUUAGGAAAAAAUGUAUUUUUGGCAUGAUUCUUACAUGACAGAUUGUCAAUAAACUAAAUGAUGGGAAA